UCAAAACAAGAAGUAGAAAGAAAGAAUGCCAAUCUCUGCCUACACAAUUAGCUCCAUGGGCAUUCCUCAUUUCAAGAAAACCCCAUCGACAAAUGUUGCAGAAGAAGAUCAACAAGAAAAGAUGAACAAGGAGUGCGAGGAGUUUAUUCUUUCUCUCCCCAAAGAGAAAGGGUGGCGAACUCCUUAUCUCUACAAAUUUCAAGGCUUCUGGUGCCAACCAAACGAGAUCCAAGCCAUAAUUUCUUUCCAGAAGCACUUCCAAGCUAGAGCUACUGAUGUAAUUCUUGCAACAAUUCCGAAAUCGGGCACCACUUGGAUUAAAGCCUUGGUUUUUGCCACCAUGAAUCGCCAACGUUUCGGAAUUUCUAAUUGCCAUCCAUUGCUUACAUCCAAUCCUCAUGAUUUAGUUCCCUUCCUGGAAUACAAGCUUUAUGCAAACAACCAAAUCCCAGACCUCUCCAAUCUACCCAACCCAAGGCUAUUCGCGACCCAUGUUCCUUUUGCAUCCUUGCAAAACUCUAUCAAGAAUAAUUCCGAUUGCCGGAUUGUUUACCUCUGCCGAAACCCUUUUGACACUUUCAUAUCCUCCUGGCACUACAUUAACAAAGUGAGGCCGGAUUCCUUACCCCCACUUCCUCUAGAAGAAGCAUUUGAUAUGUACUGUAAUGGAGUGGUUGGUUUUGGCCCCUUUUGGGAGCAUAUGUUGGGGUACUGGAAGCAGAGCUUGGAAAGGCCAAAGAAUGUGUUGUUUCUCAAGUACGAUGACAUGAAAACAGAUAUCAUCUCACACUUGAUGGUGCUGGCAAAGUUCUUGGGUCUCCCCUUUUCUGUUGAAGAGGAAAAAGAAGGCGUGAUAGAGGAGAUAGCAAAACUCUGUAGCUUUGAUAAAUUGAAAGAUUUGGAGGUUAAUAAAUCUGGAAAAGCUAUUAAGAACUUUGAAAACAAACACUUGUUUAGGAAAGGAGAGGUGGGAGACUGGGUGAAUUAUCUCUCACCGUUGAUGGUUGAGAGGUUAUCGAAGGUCAUGGACGAAACAUUUGGUGCUUCUGGUCUGAAAUUUUAGGUAUUUUCUUUUAGAAUAAGCUACCAUGUCUUUCAAAUUAGAAUACACGUGAACUUUUUA